UGGGUCUUGGAAGCCAGGGGAGCGACCCUUUCCGGGACUCCGUGCCUUCCUUCUCCAGCUCGGCUUUGUUGGCCGCAACUUGAUCGAGGUAUUUGAACAACUGUUCAAGCUUUGGCUUUAAAGGAUUUGGAUCUGUGGACGCGAAGACUCAAAGGAUAUUUCCCACUCACAAGGCUAGCAAAAGCCAGAGAUUUAUUGGGGUGUCCUGAUUUAUCAAGGAAGACUGAGCAUCACCUUUUCUGUUGUCUGGACCUUUUAAUGAACUAUUAAUUUCUCCUUCCUAAUGAUUCCAGACAGCUGAGAUUCAGUUCCCAUGUACUGAAUUAUCAUCCAUUUAAUUGAUUGCAUAUUUUUAUCAAGGCUUUGCCUCAUCUCCUUCACUUUUAGAGGAGUGUAAUUCACUGGAGCACUUAUCAUCAUUAAGACAGACUUCUGUUUUAAUGUAUUGGGAUUUCUGAAUAUUUUUGUUCCUUUGGGACCUUUUUUCUUCUUGCACCUUCUGUGGAGUUAAUCUUAGAAAAUUGCCUUAACUUUACUGAAACAAGUUAUCUUGCGCCAAUAUCCACAAAGCACCCCAAUGGCUUCCUAAACCCAAUGAACGGCUGCCCUUAUUCAUGAUGGGGCGAGAGCAGGAGCUGAUCCAGGCUGUGAAAAAUGGGGAUAUAUCUGGUGUGCAGAAACUGGUGGCUAAAAUCAAGGCAUCCAAAAGCAAACUCUUGGGGUCGACUAAACGCCUGAAUGUGAACUACCAAGAUGUGGAUGGGUUUUCAGCACUACACCAUGCAGCCUUGGUUGGGAGCCUGGAUCUUAUCUCCCUGCUACUGGAGGCACAAGCCACUGUGGAUAUUAAGGAUGUCAAUGGAAUGCGGCCAUUACACUAUGCUGCCUGGCAAGGGAAGGUGGAACCAGUUCGCCUGCUGCUACGGGCUGCUGCUUCGGUCAACAUGGCAUCACUGGAUGGACAGAUCCCACUGCACCUUUCUGCGCAGUACGGCCACUAUGAAGUGUCGGAGAUGCUCCUCCAGCACCAGUCCAACCCAUGCCUUAUCAACAAGGCAAAGAAAACGCCUCUGGACCUGGCUUGUGAGUUUGGGAGGCUGAAGGUGGCCCAGCUGCUCCUGAACAGCCACAUGUGUGUAGCUCUGCUUGAGGGACAAUCUAAGGACACAAGCGACCCCAACUACACCACUCCUCUACACUUGGCAGCCAAGAAUGGACACAAGGAGAUCAUCAGGCAACUUCUGAAAGCUGGUAUUGAGAUCAACAAACAAACGAAGACGGGCACUGCUUUGCAUGAGGCAGCCCUGUAUGGGAAGACCGAGGUGGUGCGCCUGCUGCUACAAGGGGGCAUUGAUGUCAACAUCCGCAACACCUACAACCAGACUGCUCUGGACAUUGUAAACCAGUUCACAACUUCACACGCGAGCAAGGACAUCAAACAGCUGCUACGAGAGGCAUCAGGAAUCCUGAAGGUCCGAGCUUUGAAGGAUUUCUGGAAUCUCCAUGAUCCAACUGCUCUCAACAUUCGUGCCGGGGAUGUCAUCACGGUGCUGGAACAGCAUGCAGAUGGACGAUGGAAAGGCCAUAUCCAUGACUCUCAGAAGGGCACUGACCGAGUUGGGUACUUCCCUCCAUCCAUUGUAGAAGUCAUCAGCAAACGAACAGGCCUGACUCUUCCCCGCACGGUGCCUUCCCUCCAGUGCCAGAGCCUUGCCAAGGGGCAGCAGGUUGCCACUGCCAACCCUCCUGGUGGGCAGCAGCCACAUUCAGAUGCCUCUCCACCUGUUUUGCCGCAGGUGCCCCUUGGCUUCCCCACAGCUGGUGGCCACCUCACCCUGAGCAGGACAGCCCCAGCACCUGAGAUCCCAGCUGGAGACAGGAACAGUGUGGGCAGUGAGGGCAGUAUUGGCAGCAUCCGGAGCGCUGGCAGUGGCCAGAGCACUGAGGGCACCAACGGGCAAGUCACCGGAUUGCUCAUUGAGAAUGUGAAGCCACUUUCUCCCAGUGGUGAGGAUUUGCAGCAACGCCUCUUAAGUUCAAAUUCUCACAAUGGACAGACAAAUCCCAUGAUAGGGACCCUGGCACACCUCUCCAACUGCAACACCAGUGACAUGAUCUUCUCCCACCAAUAUCUACGCCCAGAGCAGCUGUUGGAGGGGAAGGAUGCUGAAGCCAUUUACAACUGGCUAUGUGAAUUCCAGUUAGAGGGCUACACCUCCAACUUCCUGAGUGCAGGCUAUGACGUGCCAACAAUCAGCCGCAUGACUCCCGAGGAUCUCACAGCUAUCGGGGUGACUAAGCCAGGCCACCGGAAGAAAAUUUCCACUGAGAUUGGGCAGCUCAGCAUUGCAGAAUGGCUCCCAAAUUACAUCCCUGAUGACCUGAUGGAGUGGCUGAGUGCCAUUGGGCUACCUCAGUACCAUAAGAAGCUGGUGAGCAAUGGCUAUGACUCCAUCAACAUCGUGACAGAUCUGACUUGGGAAGACUUGCAAGAGAUCGGCAUCAACAAACUUGGUCACCAAAAGAAGAUUAUGCUGGCUGUCAAGAAACUAACCGACCUUCGGAAGAGUGUCAGCCAGGCUGACAUUAGCACACUCAGGCGCAAGAUCCCAGGUGCCUUGGAUAUUGUCACCAUUGAGUCAGUUGAGAACGGGGAGUGCCAUUCCCCUAACACCCCCAAGAUGACCACUUUCCAGGACAGUGAGUUGAGCUACGAGCUCCAGACAGCCAUGUCCAACAGCUGCCAGGAGACCCUGACCAUCAAGAGUGCUCAAGGCAUGUCACGAAGCCAAGAGAGUAUCGGCGUGCGAUCCCGGGGAUCUGGGCACUCUCAGGAAAACAUGUUGUCCCAAAGCAUCACCUCGAGCCGUUCUCAGGAAAGCUUGGGCAGUGGUGAAAGCAGCAGUGGAAGCAGCGGAGGGCACUCCUCCUCCACGCAGGUCCGCCUUGGAGAAAACGGUGCUGUUCCUCAGGGUCAGCCUGGACCAGAUAGUUAUGGAAAAAGUAUUUCACAGCUCAGUGGCUCAGACGGAGUCAACAGCUAUGCCAACGGUGGUGGAGGAAGUCCUUUGAGGGAAAGAAAUCUGCCAGAGGGAAUGGAUCAGUACCAGAGGCCCAAUGCAACUCCAUCAGAUCCAGCCAGCCCAGGACCAAUCCCUUCCCCCUGCACGUCACCCCAUACAGCCAGCAAAGGGACGGCCCCCUACGUCUUCAUGUACCCCCAUGUCUCCUUGAAGUCCCAGCCACCUCCUUCACCUUCUGUGCCAGAGCCGGGCAACUCUGCCCACUUCUCUGCCCAGAGGAGCCUCCUACAGUCCACAGCCCAGAAAGCUUUUUCUUAUAUCCAUUCCCACUGUGGCCCUACAGAACCACCACUGCCUCGCGUGUCCCCAAAGCCAGGGAUGGACCAACAAAACAGUGAGGGUUCAAAGCACAAGAAGCGCUCCCAUAGUUUGAACCGCUAUGCAUUGUCAGAUGGGGAGACUGAAGAGGAGGAGCCACCCAGUAACACAGUAGGCUCUUACGCCACCCUCACCAGACGGCCUGGGCGGAGCCAGGUGCCACGGGCACAGCAGAUGCCGGCAGAUGGGAAGGUCUCGCGUAGUCAAUCCUUUGCCAUCCGUGCCAGGAAGAAAGGCCCUCCCCCUCCCCCUCCCAAGCGCCUCAGCUCAGUCUCUAGUGCCCAGGCUGUUGAUGCAGAGUAUGAACAGGUUCUCAGCUCCUCAUCAUCUCAAGAUGGAGGUGAAAAUUCUCAUGAGAGGAGUUGUCCUGUGAGAACCAUAGUGGUAGAUGGCCCUGGAGCUGACAGAAGCCCCACCAAGCCUCUGCAUUCUUCAAAACUUAGUCUGGAGUUGACCAGUGGAGCAGCACAAGGGGAACCCAACACCAUUGAUUCCACAAAUGAUAGAAGCCAAGUCUUUGAAAGCAACAUCCCCAGGAGACGAACAUUCAGCGAACCUGCUGUCACCAUGACAGAGGCUCUGAGGCAGAGCCAGGAGGAUGUCCGAUCAGACACCGAGGAGGAAGGUCAGAGCAAAGGAGAGAACAGUACCAAGUCCCCUUGCUCUUCCCAGAACAGCUCCAGUGAGUGCAUUCCCUUUGCUGAGGAAGGCAACCUGACCAUCAAGCAGCGACCAAAGCCUGUUGGGCAGCUCAAGACAGACAGCCCUGCACCAGACUCCACUUCCACCCCACCUCAGCCUAGUGGGGAAGAGCAACAAGGGACCCCCACAAAGGAAAGCUCUUUGUUGGAGUUCAAUCUCACAGAAUCUGAUACUGUUAAGAGGCGGCCCAGGUGCAAAGAGAGGGAGCCCCUCCAGAACGUGCUGAAGGCAUUUGGGAUGGCUGCUCCAAAUCCAGCCCCUCCAGCCUCAGCUCCACAGUAUGCCCAGGCCCAGACAGUCAGCAUCAGUGGACCCUCACUGCGUGGGGCGGAGUCACCACAGUCACCCUCUGGAGACACUUUAAGUGACGAAAAUGUGGAAUUCCAGAUUGCCGAGAUAGAGAAAAGUAUCCUGUCUCUGGAAAGGGGUAUCAAGAAGCCUCCCAUCUCCCUGAAGCCAGCCAGCCCUGCCCCAGUGCAAAUGGAGAGGCCAGGAGGGAUGGUCCAGCUGAGGACACUGGCCACAGUGAAUGAUGUCUCUGCCAAACAUGUCGCUUCAACCAAGCUGGUGUUUUCGGGACCAAAAACGAUCUACCAACAAGUCCUGCAGAACUCUCGCACCACAGUUGCCCCCUGGGCAGCCACCGAGAUGGCGUCAGAAGUGACAGGCCCCUACCCCAUGAAGCUUGGGCUCAGCAACAAGUCCAACAUUAAUUUUGGGGUGCCCCUUUCCAUGAUGUCUUUGAGUGGAUCUCCAGACAUGAUUCAGGCUCAGCAAAGACUGGAGCAAACCAACUCAUCAUUGGCAUCCACACUUGAAGCUGCAGAAAAGAAAAUCUCUGCGGAGAAAUCAGAUAGCAGCCACUAUGGGACAGCACACACAGCCAAGAACAUUCUUGAAGACAUCAGCAACAUGUUUGACGACUUAGCUGAGCAGCUGGAUGCCAUGUUGGACUAAGUGGGCAGGCUCUUUUACUUGGGUCUGGGCUGUACUUUCAUCCUCCCACCAUGCUUUGCAUGUGAAAAAGUGGACAGUCCUCAAGUGUGUGUCUCACUAGGACCCCUGGCCUCCUAUUCCUGCACUUUCUCACCCAACAGCCCUUUUUGAAGGGAGAUUGCUGGGAGUCCUCUCCAGCGUGAGACAACCUCAGCCAGACACUGACACACAGGAGCCUUUCAUCCUCUGGAAAGUGUGCACGGCGGACCAGGGCAAGAUCCACAUUGGUGUACAUUGAUUUGGUUUCCAUCUGUGAGUCCUGUGAACAGUGACCACCCACAUCUAUGCUGACAGAGAGCAGCUGACAGAAGGCAAACUACUUUAACCAGGCAUGGAAGAGGGUUUGAUGCCAGGCACUACUCAUUCGCACUCAGACCUCCUCCCCCAUAAAGCUAUGGAUAUCCAGUAAAGAGCAGCCCAUACCCCUUUCUUCUUCCAUCCGAGUGAUGCCAACAACAUGUCAGCUACAGCAACAAAAGAGGUCUUGAUUUACUCAGUGUGGUCCACCACCAUGGUUGCCAAAACAAAACAAAUUUGGUAGCCUGGAAGCCAGCAGAGCAAGACCAACCCUUGCUGCUUUUUUAGCCAAUCCGUACAACAAGCACCAUGUAAUCUGGCUGGAUAUAAAUCCCCCUGUUGCACCUCCUUCCAAAAGAACUGACAGAACCAGUAGUUGUCAAAGCUUAAAAGCAAGCAAAAUGGGCCUAACAUUUCAACAACAGACUUUUCACAGGAAUUGAAAAUUGCCUUCUUUCCUAAGUACUUUGAAUUCAUUUCUUGAAUGCAAGGAAGCAGCAGGCUUAUACUGGGAAAUAACUGUCUCCCCUGUUCUCAUUCAGUAGCUCUCUGGGAGGAAAGUAUGGAUUAGUGGGCUCCAUAUCAUGGAGUGUUUCCUCGUGGCAAAUUCUAAAGGGAUGCCCAACAUGCCAAUUAGCUCUCCUUUGUUGUAGUUACAGGAAGACUAACUUUCCCUCAGUUUUGGAGAACUCUCUUCUUGCCCCCUUUCCCAAUAGGGAACAAAACACAUUUGAGAGUCCAUUGGCAGUGUUCAAAAUUUAAAACUGGCAGAAUUUGGAGUACUGAGAAGACCAUUUUCCAAGUCCACCUCCUCAACUUCAUACCUGUCCACCUCUGUGAGGCGAAGUGUAAACAUGUGGGCAUGUAAUGUGCCUCAUCCUUCCCUGAAAGAGGCAGAUCUUUCGUGUGUGCAUGCAGCACCUAAGUAAAUGUGCCUUAGAGGGUGCCCACCUGAAUCAUGGCAUGAGCAAGAGGAUGAGAGCAAAAAAAUGGCACAGAUACUGCUCACACACUUUAAAUAGGCUAUUACCCUAUUGUUUGUAUAAUUACACCUGCAUGUAGGUGUAAUUGUCUCCUAGUGCUUUAAGGCUUCUGCCAGCUUGACCAUUACAAGAGGCAAACAUGGCAAUUCAGAUGUUUAAAAUCAGGGCAGUAAACCCUAUCAGCACCUGAAAGGCUCUGCAAAUCGAGCCAGGGUGCCUCUUGUCUUCAGUUUCUCAAUAGUGAACCACAGAAUGCCAGAUUUUGAUUCUUCUGAAGGAGAUGAAAUUCAAAUAAAGAAGAUGGGAGAGUGGAGGGAAAUACUAGCAUCAAAGGCUGGCAGGGUUUUAGAGCUACAGUGGAGUCUUUUAACACAUCUUGGCCAGAGACAGUUUUCCCAUUCUUUUCACUCUCUUUCUGACUGUAGCAUCAAAUGAAUUAGUCAUCCUCUAGCUGAUGCCUAGUGGUAAGAGAAUAAAGAAAAAUAACUGCAACCAGUGGCACUUUAAAUAAGGUUCUCUAAAAAUCUUUUGUUUUCCAGAAGAGGUUUUGAAUUUCACUCUCGCUGAUUUGGGAUGUGUCCAAUAUUUUUCACUGUUGAUAAAACUGUAAUUUUUUAAAAAGAAGAAAUGUAUAUAUAUUUUAAAAAGAUGUGGAUUUGUUAUAUAUUUACUAACCAGAGUUCUUGUAUUUUAGUCUGGGGUUGAACCACAUUACUGUCUGAGCCACUUGGGGGCAGUACAAUGCUGUUCUUUCUUGUUACCGUAAACAAGGGAAUCCAAUAUUGGAGGGGGAGGGUUUAUUUUUUUGUUCCUUCAGAGAAUGCUUAUUUUUUAAGAGCUAGUUGUUUAUUUUAAAGACAUUGUAUGCUGUGUAAAUUAUGUAUGGAUGUGAUUGUGUCUAACCAACCUGGGUUGUGCCUGCUAUGUGUUGCAGGGAGUGAUCUGGGGAAACUAGUCCAGAAAAAAAACAACAGCUAGGCAGUUUUCAAGCCAUCUGGCCUGCUCGUGUUAAUCAUGAAUUCUUGUUUUCCACUAACAAUAUCUGCAAAAUAAUUAUAUUAAACAGUUGGAACUGUUUUCUCUUUUGAUGGCUGUGCUUAGCUUGUUGGAUCUUCUCAGUUCAGUCUGUAUGUGGCCAUUUUUUAUUUUCUUUGUUGUCUUUAAAACAACUGUUUUUAAGAUACAAAAAUAUGAACAUCUGAAUCUAUGACAUGCCUAAAUGUAUAAAGGGUGUUGUGUGUAUGUUGCACAUGUGUAUCCCUUAAAAUAUACAAAAAUAACAAUGGGAAGAGAAUUCGAGUCCUGUUUUCACCAGGUAUUAUCUCAUGAAUAACCAGUAAGAGCUUAAAUGUGAAAACUAUAAAUAGGCUGCAGAAACAAUGACGAACAUCAUGUCCACCAUGAUUCCCUCGUUAUUUCAAACUGCAUUAGUAAAACAUAUUGAUUGUCUGAAUA